CGAGGUGGCCCGACUACACAGCCAGAUCCGCAGCCACUAUCUGCCUCCAGUGUCAAUCAGUUCUACUGUGGAUACUUCACUCUAGGUCCAUGUCCAGUAAUGAAAAGAAUCUCAAGAACGUGACAAUGAUGUCGUUCAAAAGGAGAAAAUACAAACUUUUGCUGUGCGUGUGUGUAGUUAUCAGUGUCUACUAUUUGUUAGGCAUAAACGAUUAUGUGAAUGCUAGAAGAAUUGAAGAUGGCUUCGACUAUCCUCUCAACAUGGACAUACAACCGCUACUGCAGGAAGUCAUGGCGGGGAAGAAGCCGAGUGUUCCACCGAUCAACUAUUACCCAUACAGGUUCCUGACUAACUCCGGAAAGUGCAAUACCGUAGAGAAGCUGGAUUUGUUUAUAGUAAUCAAAUCGGCGAUGGACCACUUCGGCCACAGAAACGCGGUGCGUCUAACGUAUGGCCAAGAAAACUUGAUUCCAGGCCGCAUCGUCAAAAGUCUAUUCUUUGUUGGUAUAGACGAAAGCUACCCCAAAUCGGAGACGCAAAAGAAAAUCGACGAGGAGAUGGUCCAGUUCAAGGAUAUCAUCCAGAUAGACUUCCGCGACAAUUACUACAACAACACCAUAAAGACUAUGAUGUCGUUCCGCUGGGUGUACGAACACUGCAACACGGCGGAUUAUUAUUUAUUUACCGACGACGAUAUGUACAUAUCAGUCAACAACCUGUUGGAUUAUGUGCACGAUAAGCCAGUGCCAACCAGUACUGGACACGGUAACGAGCAAUUGUACGCCGGUUAUGUAUUCGAGAGCACUCCGCAGCGAUUUAUUACGAGUAAAUGGAGGGUUUCGUUGGAGGAGUACCCUUGGAGCAAAUGGCCGAGCUACGUGACGGCCGGAGCUUACGUUGUGUCAAACAAAUCUAUGAAGACCAUGUAUGCUGGGAGUCUGUUCGUUAAGCACUUCAGGUUCGAUGACAUUUACCUGGGCAUACUGGCGAAGAAGGUGGGCUUAGUGCCGCAGCACUGUCCUCGGUUUCAUUUCUACAAGAAGAAGUACGAUAAAGAAGGAUACAGAGACGUCAUAGCGUCCCACGGAUAUCAUGACCACGACGAACUGGUUCGAGUGUGGAAUGAACAGAACAACAUCAGUAACAAAGGUUAACUUUAGUUUUGAACUAUUGUGUAUUGCUUCUGUAUGUACAAGGAAAAAGAUCUUGUAGAAUAUUGAUGUUACAUCAUGUAUUGGAAAUAGUACCUUAAAAUUUUGUCAGCAUGAUGGUCCUUUAUUAAUUGGUGUUAUAUCUUUGAUGGAUAUUUGCAAUUUAGGUUUUCUAUCUCACCAAAGAAUUGGAUAUUUUAUUUAAAUCUAAAGUAAUUAAACAGAUACAUAGUAUCUCAAUUAUUUGUAAGGGUACAAUUUGAGUACCUCAAAAAAUCUAUUCUUUCGAGUAUUUUUUGCUCAAUAAAACAUAUUUCCACCAAGACUGAGUAAAAGAAUGGUGAAUGUUAGUUACAUUUUCAUAGUACUUCAAUCAUUAAUACAUACAUUGAAUGAAAGAAAUGUCUGGUUGUAAUCUAAAAUUAAUAGCAUGUCUGGUAAUGUAAACCUUUAGGUUAGUUUUUCUUGUAAUCAUUAUUUAGUUUAGUUUCAAAUAGUACUUUAUUUAUAAAUCUUUACCCAGUGCACAAUUAAAUAUUGUUAUGGUAUGGUAAUAUUUUUAAUGAAAAACAAAACAGCGACGCUAUGGUUAUAAAGGAAAACGAUUACGGGAGUUAUUCGUGCUCAGGGUACUGGUAUAGUAUUCUUAUGCUACGUCUAGCUAUAAUACCUAAUAAUGAAUAUCCUAUAUAAAGUUUUUAUAAUCAAAUCAUCAUGAACAAUUAAUAGCAACCUACUGUUCAAUUCUAUUCUGUUAGAUUUAUUUUGCCAGGGCCAGAGGUCGUCGGUGUUGGUAGCUUGGCAUCCCCCGGGGAUUCUUCGCACCCCUUGCCCCACCGUUACCGUGACCGCUACCGUGGUCCGGGAUAGUGGGGCCGCCGGGGACUAGGGGCCGUUUUUUUGUUUGUGCCACCAUUUGGAGGGUUUUGCCCUAAUCGCCACGCUUGGCAGGCGGGUUGGCGAUCGCAGUUUUUUUACUUGGUUUCGCACGCAGACGCUGCUGCCCGUCCGGUGCUACAGGAGUUUGUCGCCUCUUACGACACGCCUCCUGUGGGCGGUGGGGAAAAGUAUUCUUUUACGGCCGUUUAUUCUUUUCAGCCAGUGGACGUCAUUUGGCUGAAAAGAAAGAAAGAGAUUUAUUUUGAACAAUGUGUUAUUUGAAAUAGUAAAUUCGUAAUAAUUUAUUUUCUAUAGAUAAUACUUUCCACACUAUUAAUUUAAAAAUGUUUGUUAGUAACAAUCAGACCAGUGUUAGCAUUAAAUAAAUUAGUAACUUUAUGUUUAUAUAUUUAUUUUCUAGACAUAAGUAAACAUCUUGGUAAAUAAAAGUACAAUGUUUAUACAUA